CUUAUUGCGUCACUGCAACUGUGGUCACACUCCAAUCAACAAAUUCAUUAGUAAUUCAAAUUUCUAUUUAAAAAUUCUAUAAAAUGCGGCUGCUGGUGCUCUAUGGCAGUCAAACUGGAACCGCCCAGGAUGUGGCGGAGCAGAUCUGGCGGGAGUCGCACCACCUGGGUUUCCAGGGUCCCGUCCUCUCAUUCGAAGAGUACGAAAUGACCCAGUUGGUAGAGGAGCGCCUCGUGGUUUUCGUGGUGGCCACCACCGGCGAUGGUGUGGAGCCGGACAACAUGAAGCUGGCCUGGCGUUUCCUGCUGAAGCGCAGCUUGCCCGCCCAAUCCCUGCGAGAAAUGCAGUUCGCCUGCCUUGGCCUCGGGGACUCCAGCUAUCCGAAGUUCAACUAUGCGGCCAAGAAACUCAGCAAGAGGCUGCUAAAUCUGGGCGCCACAUCCGUGUGCCCAGUGGGUCUCUGUGAUGAUCAGCAUGAUUACGGUCAUUUGGGGGUGUCUUUAGGCUGGACAAAGGAUCUUUGGGCGGCACUGAAGGGCAUCUCUGGUCUGGAUGAAAGCAAGCUCAACAGUGGUAACCAAACAAUAGGAAAGUGGUUGGUAAAGGAGUUGCCUAGAGAUUCCCAAGUCGCUUCCUCGGAAACCCUGAACUGGACACAAAAGCAACCCUCGCACGCUUUCAAAGUCCGGCAGAACCGAAGGACAACGGCGGUGGACCACUUCCAGGAUGUGCGUUUCCUACGGCUACAAAGCCAAACUGAAGAUCUAAGUUGGGAACCCGGCGAUGUGCUCGAUGUACAGCCCCAAAAUAGCGACGUCUGCGUUAAAACAUUCUUCGAUCUAACCCGCGAACACAAACUAAAUUUCGAUGAGACCACUGUGGUGGAGAUAACCAGUGCCCAUGUGGACAUGCCCCUUCCCAGAGCCUACUCCAUUCCUUUAAGCCUCCACCAGGCGGCCAAAUAUGUUUGGGAUUUGAGUGCCAAGCCGCGGCAACGAUUCCUCGAGGUUCUUGGUCAGAAUUGCACUGAUGAAUUGGAAAAGGAGAAGCUCCUGGAGUUCUGCUCCGCCGAGGGAAUCGAUGACCUGGUGGCCUAUGUAAACAGACCGCGUCGCAGUAUCCUGGAGGUUCUGGACGAUUUCCGGCAUGCCACCGCCAGUUUAACACUAGUUCAGCUCUUUGAAAUGAUGCCACUGAUCCAGGCUCGCAGCUUUUCCAUAGCCUCGGAUGAGUCCUGCUCUACUUUGGAUUUGCUGGUGGCUGUGGUGGAGUACAAAACAAUUAUGCACACACCUCGUUUGGGUUUGUGCUCCAAUUGGCUGAAAAACCUGGAACCGGGAGCAGAACUGCGUGGAGUGGUCAAAAGAGGAACCAUGGUUUGGCCAAAGGACUUCAGCAUACCACUAAUCAUGGUCGGACCGGGCACAGGCAUCGCUCCCUUUCGUAGUGUCAUCCAAAAUCGAUUGCAUGCCCAAUCAACAGGUUCUGCCAUUGGACCCUUGAUUGUCUUCUUUGGCUGCCGAAACAAGACUGCCGAUUUUCACUUUGAAAAGGACUUUUCUACUUGGACCACUGCCAAGCAGGUAGAAGCUCACAUAGCCUUCUCGAGAGACCAGGAUCAUAAGGUCUAUGUACAGCAUUUAAUCACCAAGAACGGUGAUCGUCUGGCAAAGCUUAUCAAAGACCAAAAUGCCUUUAUAUACGUGGCUGGAAACUCCAACAAUAUGCCAAAGUCUGUGAGAGAGGCCUUUAUAGAGAUCCUCAAUGGCGAUGCAGAUUACGUGGACCUGAUGAUCAAGCAGCGGCGAUAUCAGGAGGAGACUUGGGCGUAA